AUGUCCACAUUUAAUAGUCCGUAUGGCGGAGGUGGAAGUGGUGGAGACGAUGGAUCAACAGGUCACAGUAAUCAUAAUAGUUCUGGUGGAUUUGGAAAUGAUGCAGUUGAAACAGAAAUCAAUCAAAAGAUCAAGAAAAUGUUUGAAGGUGCCAUUGAAUACUUUACCAAAAUGAUUGAAAUCAUUUUAAUAUCCUCUGAUUAUUCAUCACAAGAAAGGGAUGUUAGAUCAUUUCAUAUUUCAAAUCCCUCACAAAAACAACCUUCAAUAGACAUCAAUAACAAUAAUAAUAAUAAUAAUAAUAAUAAUAAUAAUAAUAAUAAUAAUAAUAAUGAUAAUAAUAUAUAUAGUACACCAAACAAUAUAUUUAUUAGAGGAAUCGAUUCAAAAGAUAAAGAUGGGGGAGAAGCAAAAUCAUUGUUUUCAAGUGAUGAUAGUAAUGAUAAUGAUACAAGUCACAAUAGUGACGACGACGACGAAUUAUAUACACCAGGAUACAUAUCUACCAAAGAUAUAUUCCUAUCUCGACCAGAAAAUCAAAAAAUAAUUAUGGAUCUUACAAAGAAUAUGUGGAAAAGGAAUUAUAAACAUCGUGAGAAUCUAUACUUUUCAUUAUCAUCUGUUCAAGAUUCACUAUUGGUUGAACAAUUAAUUAAUCAAUCUUUUAGUAGUUUUGUUGAAGAUUGUCAUUUAGAAAUUAUGAAUAAAUUUGAAGAUAGUCAUUCAUCAUUGAUAGAUUUAUUAAAAUUAUCAAGAGGUUCACCAGAAAAAAUAUUUGAUACACCUGCACUAGAAAAAUACUCACCUAUUGUUAAAACACCUAAACCAUCAUGGUCCUAUGCAGAUGGAACAUCAACCUCUUCCGAGGUUAAAGACUUUUUCUUACAAAAAUGGAAAAAAGAUUAUGUAAUAUCAUUAUUUCCAAUUGUCUAUUGGAUUAAAAAAUAUAAAUUAAAUUAUUUAAAAGAUGAUGUAUUGACAUCAUUAACCAUUGGAUUUAUGUUGAUUCCUCAAGCCAUGGCUUAUGCUAUACUUGCAGGAUUACCACCAAUCUAUGGUUUAUAUUCAGCGUUUAUAUCACCAAUUGUUUAUGGUAUUUUUGGUACUUCAAAUGAAAUUGCUGUUGGUCCAGUUGCAAUGGUUUCUUUAUUAAUUCCUUCGAUUAUUGAUCAUCCACCAGGAUCAGAAAAUUAUAUUAUAUAUGCAUCAUGUUUAUCAUUGUUGUCAGGAUUGAUAUUAUUUACAUUUGGAUUACUAAGGGUUGGAUUUAUUAUUGAAACUUUAUUGAGUAAUCCAAUUCUAUUGGGAUUCAUUCAAGCCGGUUCAAUAUUAAUUAUGUUUAGUCAAGUCAAGAAUCUAACUGCAAUACCCAUCUCGUCGAAAGCAGCCAAUCUAAUCGAAUUUAUGAGAGAUAUAGUAGAGCACAUAGGUUCGAUUCACUGGGCCACAGUUAUCAUGGCAAUCAUUGCUCUCGCCAUGUUACUAGCUGCUAGAUACGCCAAUACAAAGAUUAAAUACAAAAUUCCAAUGCCAAUCAUUGUAUUAAUUCUUGGUACUUUAAUUUCUUAUUUAAUUGAUGCUAAAAAGAAAUUUGGAAUUAGAAUUGUAGAUGAAAUUCCAUCAGGUAUUCCAACACCAACAGUUGUACCAUUGGAUUUAACAAGAAUUGCAAAAAUGUUUGUUGGAGCUAUCAUCCUUUCGAUUCUUGGAUUUGUAGAAUCCAUUUCAAUUGGAAAGAAAUUUGCAUCACUUAAAAAAUAUAAUCUAGAUGUUAGUCAGGAAUUGAUUGCAUUGGGAAUGUGUAAUAUUGUUCAAUCUGUUUUCCAUGGUUAUCCUACAACUGGUUCAUUUUCAAGAACUGCUGUAGCUUAUCAAUCUGGAUCACAAUCACGUUUAACAUCAAUAUUAACAGGAAUUAUAGUAAUGAUAGUAUUAUUAUUUUUAACUGGUGCUUUUAAAUAUACACCGCUUUGUCUACUUGCAUGUAUAGUGUUGGUAGCAGCAAUUGGAUUGUUUGAACCAGUAGAAACCUAUGAACUUUUCAAAAAAGGAGAAAUACUUGGAUUCCUUCAAUUGGUAUUUGUAUUUUUCUGUACAUUGUUGCUUGGUUCUGAAACUGGUAUCAUUAUUGCAUUUUGUGUAUCGAUUCUACAAAUUAUCUUUUUCUCUUCAAGACCCAACCUAGUUACCCUUGGUCGACUUCCAGGAACAUUGGUAUUCCGUAAUGUCUCUCAUUAUCCAAGUGCAAUCACUCAUUCUGGUAUCAUUGUUGUUAGAUAUGACUCUAGAAUGACAUAUUAUACAAUCAAUCAUUUUAGAGAUUCAAUGACUAAAUUAUUAAAUUCAAAUCCUCUAGAUGAUAUUAGAGUAAUAAUUAUUGAUGCAGUCAAUGUAAGUUCAAUUGAUUCUACAGCAUUGGAUGUAUUAAAUGAUAUGUUGGAUGUUUAUGAAACCAAUGGAAUGAUGAUCCUAUGGAGUGACAUUAGACAAUCUGUAAAGUCUGUCAUGACAAAAUCAAAAUUUACCAAUAGAAUAUGUACCGAUCAUAUGUUUGCUUCAACAAGCUCGGCAGUUGAAUAUGCUCUAGCCAAUUUAAAUAGAGCUCAAUUUGAUAUUACCACUGUUUAA